CUGAGCCGUUCCCUUACGUGCAUCCACGGGCCAUCUUAUAGUCAUCCAAAAAAUGCACCUUUGAACCCGCCUCUAAAGUUUUUGAAUGCUAGCUGGCUGGAAAAUCACUGCAGUUGACGCACGGGAAUGUCGUUCACUUUCGAAUGGCCACGCUUUUCCGACCAGUUCCACACCGAUGCCAUCCAGAUGCUUAAUAACGCCCUCAACAAGGGUAACAAACCGCCAGUCAUAACUGACAAGAUAGAGGUCGUUGAACUUGAGAUGGGAACACAGCCCCCAGAACUCGAAAUUCGAGAUAUAGGUGAUUUGACGACGGACCACUUUCGAGGCAUAUUUCGCUUUACAUAUGCAGGCGAUGCACAUAUCGUGCUCAAGACCAAAGUGCAGGCGAAUCCCUUGAAUCACAAACAGCCCGACAUACAUAUCAUGACAGGCUCUCGUGGAAUGCUCGCUGCUAAAGACCCCCUCGUCGUCCCAAUGCUCCUCCGCCUCUCUCACUUCAAACUCAACUCCUAUGUCGUCUUAGUUGUCUCAAAGCAAAAAGGCAUCACUCUCGUAUUCAAGACAGACCCCCUCCAGAACGUCGAUAUCAACAGCACAUUCGACUCUAUAGCCGUAAUCCAAAAGUUUAUCCAGCGCGAGAUUGAAGGGCAACUCAGGCAGAUGUUCAGGGAAGAUCUACCAGGAAUCAUACAUCGUCUCAGUCAACAGUGGGUAAAAGCUAAAGUGGAGGCACCAUAUCUCGACAAGAGAACACCAACAGCGCGGCGCAGAGCUUUCGAUGUUGUUUCUGCGCCUGAUCUAGCUUACAUGUCACCUGGGUUUUCUGGCAUCGGGCUACAGAUGCUCCGUCAGCAAUCCCUCGGCACGCUUUCCUAUGGUCGCGCACGCUCAAUAUCGGGUGCAUCUGUAUCAAGCUCAGCCCAUAGAAGUACCAUCUCCCGAACACCUCCCGUUCCCCCACCUACGAGCCCGUCAGCAUCAGACCCAUCUUCCUCCAUCCCCGAGUCAGAAAUAUUUGACCCAACAUACGGCCUCCGUCCCGAAGGUCUCCCAACAAAGAGUGUCUUCUCAUCCUUCAGCCGCCUUUUCACCCGCAACAUGGGCCUCGCAGAUCUCGCAGAAGAGCCCGGAGAAGACGAGAGCUUAGAAAGCGAAGAAGAGCAGGGUUCAUUCGACGUUGUCGACUGGGGAGAUGCAGUACCCGAGUAUUCACCACCCCCAACCAUAGUCGAAGAGUCUGUCACGGAAUACGAGACCCUGCCUGCAGUAGGCGGUGGCACAAUCACCCGUCCACGUGUAUACCAUUCACAAUCCAUGAUCCAGACUCCCUCGGAAACAUCCCAUUUGCCUUUGCCAGACGCAACUUCAGUCCGCUCACACCCCAUAGGAGGACGCUUCUCCCAUCGGCCCCACUCUAGUUUCAACCCAUACUUCCCUCUCACACCUUCACUGUACAUCGAGCCUCGCCAGCGCACCCUAUCCGAGCCUACAUACGACACCACCCAAUCCCUUCCAACCCGCCCCAUCACCCCCUCCAGCCUCGAAACCCAAUUCUCAUCAAGCACCAGCCUCGUCGACACCCCACCCUCAUCCAUCUACGUCGCAUCCAUAUCGCCCCUAAAACCCCUCAACGCCCGCCGCCUCAGUACCUCCUCGUCCAACAUAAACCACUUUGACUCCUGGAGCUCAAGUUCCCCACCAACACACACCACCAACGUAGACCCAGACCCCGUGAUCCUCCGCCCCGCGCUGAAUAAUACCAUUUCACAAUUGUCUACGCUAUCACAUUCGAAUCAUACGCUAUCGCCGUAUACGCGCAGUCUUGCGCAUUUUACGGUGCGGAGUGUGCCUCCGAGGACAUUGAGCGCAUCACAGGUGAUGAAUGAGCGGCCGCCUGUGAAGGCGAAGCGGAAGCGGAUAUAUAGGAUUGGGAGGUCGAAACCGCCGGAGUCUCAAGCUCAACUCCAAUCUCAAGCUCACUCAUCAUCCCCAAACCCAUCCUCAAACCUGCCGUUCUCACCUGUACCUCCAUCAGAAUUCGACCAAUCAGACAUGGAUCGAUAUUUCCGCUCCCCACCAGCACAAUCCCUACCACCCCCAGAAACACAUCCACACUCUCACGACCUUCGAAGCCGACAUCCAUACUAGAUAGAUUCAGAUUCCUCUACAUACUGGGUUUCUUCAUGAUCGAUUGGUUUAUUAUAGCAGAUAGCAGUGCAUUGACAAGGCUUGUAGCAUCGUAGUAUACAGACAUAUCUUACACAUUACAAGAACCAGAACCAGAACCAGAACUUCCAAUGUACCUACCGCAUGCACGCAGCAAUACGACUCAAACACAAAAACAAAAACAUGAUUUCUAAACUAAAUGUACCCAUUCUCUUUCCCGACGUUGAAAGGCGGGGAGAGGUUUAACAUGUCUCCUGUUGGCGCCACGGGCUGAAGGAGUGGUGAAGAUGUCAUUUCGACUUGAACGAAAUC